AUGAUCCAGGGUGCCCAGGCAGGUGGGCCCCUCUGGGGCUGGGAUGGGGACGGUGAUGAUGACUGGGACGGCGCUGCGCUUGGUCUGCUGGCUCUGGCGGUGGUGGCUGCCACAGCACUGGCUUUGCAUUGGUUUGGCUCCAGACAGGAUCAGGAAGUGGCAGGACCAAAGUCCACAGUCGGGGGGACCCAGUCUACUCCAGAAGGCAGGUUGGUUCUGCAUCCAGAGUCCCAGGUCAGUGGUGGCAGCAAGGGAGACAGAGAAGGGCAGAAGAAGCCUCACCCUCCCAGACGCAGUCAGGGGAGCCUGGCUAUGUCUGCGGCCCAGGACCAGGAGCCCCUCGUUGGCAGAGUUUUGGCUGUCACAGCUGGACCUCCACUCAGUACUCUUGGAAAUGCCACCAGUGGAGGGACCUUGGGAGAGCGGUGUGGUAACCCCACCCCAGAAGCCCAGCGAGGUGAAGGAAGGGAGCCCCCCAGGCCAGACACGGCUCUCCUGGGUAGGAGCAAAGCAGGGGCGACACCUGCUCCCCUCCUGAUCCGCUUCACCCUUCGGAGUUCUGGUGGCGAAGCUGAACUGCAGGCGGGGGCAGGUGGUGCCGGUGCUAACGGGCCAGCUCGCCCGGCCCCUAUCCACAGAGAGCAACAGGACACCAAGCGCUGGGACCUGCCUGGCUCUCUGGGGACAGUCCGCCGCAGCCGGCGACGUCAGGCCGACGCUGUCUCCUCGGGAGACCCAACCUGCCAUCCCCCAAAGCCCGACCCCCUCCGCCUGGGCGCCGCGGUGAGUGUGUGGGAUGCUAUCGACGCGGCGUCCGCCGCUGCAGUGGACGCCCGCUCCCGCAGCCCGGGCGCCGGCUCCCGGUGGUCGGCCUCAGCCCAGGGUCCGGCCCAGCCGGCACUGCCCCAGGCCCAGCCCGCGCUAACGGUUCCAGGGACAAACCGCUCGGAGCGCGGGCGCGAGAAGUGCAGCCCCCAGGCAGCCCCAGCCCAGCCUCUGGGCGCCCAGGGCGAGGCUGGCCAGGCCACCGAGACCAGCGCCCUCGCCCCCCGGGAGGCUGCGGGCGCCCCGGCCCCGACGGAGGGCCGGCCCUGGGUCAGGAAAGCGGUCAUCGCCACCAGUGACUUCAGCCGCGCCCUGGACUCGGCGGGCGAGGGGCCGGAGGAGGUGCCGGUGGAGUCCUGCGGCGCGCGUGCGGCCGGGGCUGCGGGCCCCGCAGAGGGCGGCCCGGGGCUCGACUCCGGGCUGGGCAGAACGGGAGAGGGGAGGGAGUCCCAGCCUCGUCAGGGCUGGGAGCAGGCGGCUGGUGGCCCGGUUGCUGACCGGGAGCCCCAGCCGACCCGGCACCGAGGAAGGCCAACCGUAGAGGGCCACAGUGGCGUCCCCUCCACUGGCCGUCCAGCCACGCCCCCGCCUCGGGGCGGGGACCCGGGUCGCCCUUCCCCGAAGGCAAAGAGGUCUGGCGUGGGCCUCCUCCCCGCAGCCCCCAGCCCCUCUCCUACAAACUCUCUGCCCCACGGAGUCAGCCAGGAUCCUUCCGAGGGUGAAAAAGUCAGCGCGGCGCCAGCCUCCUCAUCAGACCAAGUUUCCACUUCAGCUCCCACAGUAAUCCUAGCCCCUUCUCCAUCCAGAGCCCCACUCCCAGUGACAAACCCAUCACCAGCCGCAGCCGCAGCCUCAGCUCCGCCCACAGCCUUAGCCCCAGCCUCAAUCCCAGCCUCGGCGGCAGCCUCAACCCCAGGCCCAUCCCCAUCACCAACCUUACUCCCAGCCCCUGCCUUAGCUAGUGGGUCAAGCCCUGCGGCUGGAGAGUCCAAAGUGGGUCUCUCCAGGAGCUACCGAGAAGGGCAGAUUACAAGUAGCUGGGGAAACCUUAUUGCCAUGGUUCUUAGAAGCCACCCCUUUCCCAGGCCAGAGAAGCCCAAAGGCUGCGCCCUAAGGGCGGUCCCUGUGAGCCCUUUCACCCAUUCUGAACACAGACCAGGGGCUUCCCAAUCUGAAGGGGAAAUCCCCAACCUCCAGAAUAGGCACCCAUCUUCCUUGGGGAUUGUCACACAGGCGGGAGGACUGGCCAAGACUCCAUGUCAGGCGCAGCCAGUGGGCUUUGAAACCCAUGGGAAGUCCCCCCCUGGCCCACCUCUAGGCCCCAAAGAAAACAGAACCAAGGAGAAAAGUCUAGACUCACUGCCCUCAGCUGAAGUUCCUGGGGGACACACAGAGCCCUCUGUGCAGAUGCCGUCUGGCUCUGCACCACCCUCUGCUAUGAGGUGGGAUGCUCAGCAUGUCCCCAGACCACGGAAACACAGCAUGUGUGAAAUAGCCCUGAGCUCUGAGCAUYUGGUCAGCCAGGUGGCCCCAGAGCAGCACCAGGGUCCAGUGCUCAGGGAGGAGGCCAGCUCUGCAGGCCGCAGGGGAGUCCUCACAGAGAAGCAGAAAGAGGCCCAAAAACUCAUGGUUUUUCUGCAGAGGCCUGGGAGUUGGGGGAGGGUCAAGGGAUCCCAGAAGCCCCACUUGUGGGCCUUGGAGGCAGCCACAGCUGUUCAACGUCCCCAGCGGCUAGACCUGGGCAGCUGCCUGGAGGUGCUGGCCUUUGCCCAGCAGCAUGGGGAGCCUGGCCUAGCCCAGGAGACCUAUGCCUUGAUGAGCAGCAACCUGCUGCACGUGCUGGGCGACCCGCACCUCUACCGGCAGCUGAGUGGGGCUGAUCGGGAGCGCAUCCUCAGCCUGCGGACGCGCCAGGGCCAGGCCAUGCUGGGGGUCCUAGUACUGCCCAGACUCUACCAGGUGUGCCGUCCCGGGUUCAAGAAGAGCUCUCGUGGUGAGGAAUCUCCUGAAGCUCAGACUGCACCCCUGCCUCAUCGAACAUUCCUCCACGUGUUCCACCCUCAAGAGAACAUUUGGCGGCCCCUGACCCAGGUGCCGGAGGAAGCCCCCCUCCGGGGCUGUGGUCUCUGCACCAUGCACAACUACCUGUUCCUUGCAGGCGGCAUCCGUGGCUCUGGUGCCCAGGCUGUCUGCUCCAAAGAGGUCUUUUGCUACAACCCUCUGACCAACAUCUGGAGCCAGGUUCGGCCCAUGCAGCAAGCCAGAGCCCAGCUCAAGCUGGUGGCCCUGGACGGGCUGCUGUAUGCUAUUGGAGGCGAGUGCCUGUACAGCAUGGAGCGCUACGACCCACGCACAGAUGCCUGGACCUUAYGUGCUCCCCUCCCUGCAGGCACCUUCCCUGUGGCCCAUGAGGCUGUGGCCUGCCGUGGGGACAUCUAUGUCACAGGAGGUCACCUCUUCUACCGCCUGCUUAGAUACAGUCCUGAGAAGGACUCAUGGGAUGAGUGCCCCUACAGUGCCAGCCACCGGCGCUCCAGUGACAUGGUGGCACUAGGGGGCUUCCUGUACCGCUUCGACCUGCUGCGGGGUGUGGGCGCUGCAGUGAUGCGCUACAACACGGUGACGGGUUCCUGGAGCCGUGCUGCCUCCCUGCCACUGCCGGAGGCCAUCCCACUCCGUUGUACUGUGUUGGGCAACACCAUUUACUGUCUCAACCACCAGGUCACAGCCACCUUUGCAGUCUCUGAGGGGACUGCCCAGUUUCAGGCCCAGGAGCUGCAGCCCUUUCCCCUGGGGAAUAAGGGGAUCCUCUGUCCAUUCAUCCUGACUCUGCCCACUGCGGCCCGGCUGCAGACCUCACUCUGA